AUGGAGUACUAUAAAAAGCAGCCAGAGUACGUGGUGGCGGCUUCCGAUGCUUUCCGUCUUGGUUCACCCUGGCGCCGGAUGGAUGCAGCACAACGCGGUGUUCUGAUGCACAAGUUGGCCGACUUGAUGGAACGGGACAGAGCUUACCUUGCUUCGCUGGAAACGCUCGAUAACGGAAAGCCGUACGCGGUUGCAUACAAUGCUGAUCUACCGUUGUCAAUUAACUGUAUUAGGUGA